CUGUGGUAAGAUGUUUUUUGCACUAUCCCAGAUAAAUUUUUUGUGACUAUUUAUUAUCAGAUUUAUACAUGGUGUUCCCAGCAAGAUCUUGGUAGUCCGAUAUAGUAGCAUCUUUAUGUCCCUCCCUGCACUGAAAAUACAGCUUCUUUUUUUGAGUCAUUAUAUUUUAUUUCUUCUGAACCAGCUCUCUUUAGUGACUUUUACUAGCUACUUAUAGGAGGGUUAUACACAAAUUUUUUCCUUCUCUACUGCUUCCAGCUAACAGUUCAUUACUUCUCAGCAAAAACCACUGUCUCUAGGAGCUUUACUCUGUUCUUUGUUGAUCCUUUUCAUUCUGUUUCUGUCCUUAAGAUUUGUUACCAUUUUUCUUGUGCGUUGUUUCAAUCUGCACUGUACUUCUGCUACCUCCUAGUUUUGUAUUUUCUGCAUAUUUUUGUAAUGCUCUCUUAAAGGCAUAAAAAAAUUCUAAAUGAAAGUGUUAAAUCAAAAAAGACUAAAGACCAGUCUUGGCAGAAGUCCAUAACUAACAUCCUUCCACCUUUUUCUGAAAGAAAUCGGUUGUCAUCUCCUCUUGAUCGACUGCUUUUCCUGUCAUACUAUUUUUAAACUAACUCCUCUUUCUCAGCUCAACAAAUUACUGCUCAGGUGGUAGUGUAGGAGAUUGCUUAUUGAGUGAGACUAGAAGUAUUGUACUUCUUUUGUAUAAAAGCUAUUCGUAAUAUUGAAGAAAAACAGGGUGUUUGACACGGUUCAGCUUUUAAAAAUCAUGCGACAUUUUGUUUGAUUUUUUCCUCACCUACAUGUUUUCAUUCUUUCAUUGAAAAUGUGCUCCAAGCAAGAGGCCAUGCUAUCAUCAUUAGUUGUAUGUCCAGAUAACUUUACUUCACCUUUCUCAAUAUUGAAAUGAGGCAAAAUUGUGCACUUGGAUUUAAUGUUGUUGUGAGACUGUUCCGUCUCAUCACAGCCUUGCUUCCUGUUAAAUCAGAAGAUAGUAUUUCAGUAUGAAAGAUAAGAUGAUAUAAGGGUGGUAGAUGCUUUUUUUAAAAAUUCACAUUUCAGAAGGCCCUGUGUUGGUCUCUGUAGUUGAUAGCAAUCUAUGGUGCAGAGGGCUGUAAACUUCUACAUUAUUUUCACUCUGGUAGGAGUAGUGAGUUCAAACAGUUGCCCACUGCUCUCUCUGUUGUGAUUGUAGAUUGUCAGAUUUAGAUCACACCAAGUUUAUUCAAGGAGAUCUAUGCCCUGCCAGUAAUAAUAUGGACUUGGUCUUUUAGCACCUUUUGUCACCCCUAGUAAGGUGAGAACAUCUCACAAUGCUGUGAUACUCCAUUAGUCUUCUGUGCUCAGUCUGUUCUGUUGGGUUGGUUCCUCACAGAUGCUGGGUCUGCAAGAUAGAGCUGGUGCCAAAUCCCCAUGUUCAGUAGGGUGCUGAAGUCGCUGCCAUUCCUGACUCUGAAUGGCAGCCGAGUACAGUUAGGACCAAGCGAUCACAGGAGUCUCUAUGCAUGCUCUUGGGGCUAGAGAUUUGGGAAUUUGGCUAGAGAUUUGGGAAUCCCCAACUGCUCAUCCCUGUUCAUGAGCUGGCUCUUCUCUGCCUCCUCUUGUGCUGGCACAAAACCACACCAAAGGCUUAGACUGCAUGGAAAUGGUUGGAAUUCUUUCUGUAGGGUUAAUUUGACUGUUUUAGCUCUCUACGGUUAACUUGAGUGUUUUAGGUCUCUGGCCUGGCACAGAGUGUGGAAAGGAAAGGAAAAAAGAAAGGAAAGGGAAAGGGAAGGAGGAAGAAGCACUGAACUGUUUCAGUGUGGAGGCAUGCUGAAAAUAACUAAGUUCUGGGCAGACUAACAGAGUGCUGACGUGUGCUGUCUUCAGCGUGACAGCUGGACAGAUGUGUCCAUCUCCAAUCCCAAAGCAUUAGCCAAGAUGCUGUGCCAGAGCUGUUACCCCUGCCUCUGAGCUGCUCAUGGAUGAAAAGCUGAAAAACUCAGCUGCUUUUGCUGCAUGGUCUGGCUUCCAGCAAGGAGGUGGCUUGUGUCAGGCCAGCUUGGCAUGUUGGCUGGGCAUGGUUGCCUCUGCCUAUGGUUGACCCAGUAAACAAAGUGCUUGUUUAGCUGGAGAUAGCUGCUUUGCUUUUGGGAUUGGAUCCAGAGAUGAGAAGGUAGCUGCUGAAGUUGUUUGCCAGGGCAGCUAUCAAAUCUGAUGACAGAUCAGGCCUUGAGGUUAACUAACAGCAAUUAUCUUUACCGUGGCUAUAUCUAUUCUGAGUGAUUUUUUGGGGGUUUGUUUUGUGUUCAGUUUUGUUUUGUUUUGAAAAGUUGAUGCCUCACAGUGCUGGUUUGUGCGUAAUUCAAGGGAAAUAUCAGCCCUCCUCUUGGCAAGUACAGCCUUUUGGGUACCAACCUCAAAGUUGUGACAAGUAGCGUAGAAAUGAGAAAUUAAAAUGUAAACGUCUGAUACAUUCUUUUGUUUUCAUUUGGGAAAGGCUCUUCCAAAAACACCCCCCUACUUUGGUAAGAAAGCAAGUGAUUUCAGAAAGAAACAUGUUGAAAUCAUCAGGCCAUCCACUGUACCUGUUUUGGCAGUGAAUUUUUUAUCUUAGCCAUUCAUUUGCAUGACCCUAGCUCUUUAUGACUGUUUUGUACCCUUUUCUGUAGCAGAUGUUUCCCCCCAGAACUAGUCAUGGUGUCAGCUUGUGCAAGGUGGCAGGACUGGGUGAGUUUGGGGAGAGGAUAGAAGUACAGGUCAUAAAUAAGUGUAUUGUGUGUGGUUGAUGAUGUGUAGCAAGUGUGGUUUAAUAAGAUGAACUUACUAAAUUUAGUGAGAUGAGCUUCCAGCUCUUUCUGCAGAAGGGGAUACACACCUUCCUUUACUCUGGCACAUUUCUGUGAGAUGAUGGGAGGUGGGAAAGAAGUGUAAUUUCUACAGCCAAGUUUCUAUGUGUUACUUUUUCAAGUGUUCUUACUGAUAGAAGGCUUGGGUGGGUGCCCUGCUGUCAGACUGUAUUACCCAGCAUUAGCUGGUCAUGAAUCCAUGCUUCGUGUUCACAGGCAUUGCUUUUUUUCUUAAAGACUGCUCAUGUGGGCAGUUACAAACACUGAUGGAAUGAGCAUGAGUCUCCACAUCUCCCUUUUCGCCCUCCGGUACUCAAAUUUCAGUAAGUAGGGCAUUUGCAGUUUGAAAUUUGUAAUUGUAACAUUAGCUGUCAGAAGUGAAGGAAAAAAACCCUGCUAAAAUAAGUAGCGUAGAACACAGUAGAUCUGCUUCAGAUAAAGCUGACCAUUAUCCUGUGCUAUUAAACCAAGCGUUCUAAAGGAUUAGUAGAUACUAAGAGAUUGGUUAGUGGUAAGAAGUAAGGCUGCCAGUGAAAUCUUUAUUUGAGAUUCCAAAUGCAAAGAUCUCUUAUUAGAAUUUAUCCAGUUGUUUAGCUUUUCUUAACAGAGGGUUCAUAGGUCACAGAAACAAGUGUGGUAUGAAAUUUCAUGCUCAAUAGUCACCUGCUUUUAAAGAAAAAUAGUCAUAUUCCAUCAUUUCAGAAGACAACAGUUACUGCUUUUUGCUGCCAACAUAUGUUCCUGUGUGUUUACAUUUGUGUGUAUUGUAAACUGUUUUGAUUCUUGUUCUGUUAUUUUUAUUUCUAGCAGUAGAAGCCCUUACAGCCUCCAAAUUAUUUAACUGGCUUUCUUUCUAGCCACUUUUUCCUAAGAAAAGGUGACCAUACCAGUGAUGUGAAAAAUUCUGUCUGCAACAUUGCCUUGCAAUUCAUUAACACUGCUGCUUUGCCUCUGCUUGGCUUCAUUUCACUUUUUAGGCUCCCUUUUCCUCUUCACAGGAAUCCCUGUUUGGGGGAUUUAUUUUACCAGCUUGUCAUCUACCACAUAAAGGGACAGGCAAAGGGAAAAGAGGGCUUUCUUAUUAUAACUGUUUUAUUAAGAGAGCCUUGUUAUUCCUAAUCCACUAUAAUUUGUCUCGGUUUCCUCUUCCUUAAUCUCAUUUUGCUCCUAUUUCUGAACCUUUUCACCUUCAUGCUGGUGACUCCUCCCUCCCUGAUCUUUGGGUUUGGACGAAGCUGGGAGGUGUGGUUAGAUGCCAGAAGCGCUCAGUUAUUACUUACACAGGGAAACCUCAUCCUGUCUGACAAGCAUACUAUUCGUAGCCUUGAGGGAUAUACCUGAAGGGCACUGAGUUUCCACUCAGAAUUUAAGUAGAUUAGAUUAUGUAUACAUAUUUGUUGUGACUUGGCGGGUAUCCCAGUGCCCGAGGUCUUAAAACAUAUACUUUGCUAUACUCGAGGCAAGCUCAGCUGCAUGUUUCAAGAGAUGCUCUGGGGAGAUGGGAGGCUGCUGCUUGGAGUCCACAAAGGUGUUAUCCUCUCUAGAUCUGGUACAACACAGGAAUUCUGACUACUGUUCUGUCUAGUCCUGUAUUUUGUCUUGAUAUUAGGUGCUAUCAGAUGCCUCAAGGGGUGGUAUUACUGUAAGAUAGAGAGAAGAUCCUCUCUUAUUUAACUCUCUGCUGAUUUGUAUUUUGUCCUGGAAAUAGAGGGUUGCUAUUAUUUUUUCCUGAAGCCCUCUUGAAAUCAUAUUAUAAUUUUGGAUGAUCUAGUUAUCUAUGUAAAUCUUGUCUAACUGUAUGCUGCCUUCUGGCAUUUCAUCUCACAGGCUAAUGCUUUGCUGUUAAAAAACAAGUUGUGCUGUUUAUUCUUUUAAAAUUUGCUAUGCUGUGGCUUUAUUGAGUGUCUCUGUCAUAAGAACAGAUGAAACCUGUUAUUCUGAAUCUGAACAAGUUACUCCAUUGCCAAUAAUUUCAACAGUUUUAUCUUAUUAUCUUGUUAAAAACAAACAAACAACAACAGCAAGAAAAAAAACAAAGGCACGAACAUAAAAAUGCAGCCCCAAAAUUCAGGUGCUGCAGAUGUGCUGGAGGCAACUGUGAAGUUAAAACAGCUGUAUUUUAUGAAAUUCUGUUUGGUAUGGCACUUCUCCUUAAAAGGACCAAUGACCAAUUGUUUUGAUUAUUUAGAAGGAAAAAAUUCCAUGAGAACUGUUACUGAAAAUGACUAACUUGGCAUUUGUGAUCUGUCGCUCUCUUACAACAUUUGAUGUAAUACUGAAUUUAAGAUAGCUGAAACGUCCAGUUAGCUGCACAGUGCUUCAGCUGCCCCUAUGUGACCUAUUUAUUUCAUUUUCUUGUAAAUUGCUAAUGAUAUCUAUAAAUAAAUACUCCUCCUUUUUGUAGUGCUGUCUUCUUAAUAUCCAAGCCUUUCUAAAUAAAGCACAGCCUGUGCAUUUGAUAGAAAUCUGCAGGACUCAGUUUGCGAUGCAUAGUGACCUACAGGCUUUGGCAGCAAGGAGCUGAAGUGAUUCCUUGGAUUUUGCCACCAAAGCAGGGAAGCCUUGGAAGGAGGAAUGUGGCUCUACAGCUGCUCAUGAGUGGUGAAGGCUCUGAAAGAGCACAGUGGUUAGGGCUGCACUUUAGAAACUAGGGAUGGAUGGGCCUUGUUGCAAGAGGAGGGAAGACUUGACAGAGAGGUGGGCUGGAUUUGGUAAGUAGUUUUAUUUCUUUCUUAAGCAAGGACUGGAAGUUGAUAGAAAUGAGUAAGCUGGUAUGCCUUAGGUAUGAGCUGCUUUUCUCAACGCUGCAGAGGGGGAUGUGAGAGAGAUGGGACCAGGACUUAGCAGAUUCGAAAUGUACAUAUCCAUCUGACCCAUUCCUUUGGUGUCCUAGUGGCUUACGGAAGAUUUUUGAAUACAGUAAUUACAAGUCCAUUUGUGUUAUCUAUUAGAGUAAUAUCUUAAAGGUAGAGGAUGAGGAUUAACCCAUUGUGGGGAUUUAUUUUUUUUCCUACAUUAUGAUAAUUCUUCCUAUAUGCUGAAAAAAGAUUUUUCUCUAACAAACAGAAACUACAUGCAAAAUUCACUGCAUUUUCUGUUCUUCUAUUUUCCUUUUGUAAGUAUGGAAAUGUAGGAUUCACUUAAGCAGACAAUAGGUAAGAUUAUCCCUUUCUGAACUUUAAAAUGGAUGAAGUGAGAAAGAAUUUCUAGGCUGAUGGUUACUGAGAAAUAAUUAACAAAUUCAAUUCACUAUGGCUUAGUCCACAGUAGGAUGUUACAUUGAAUACAGUGCAGUUCCUCUUACAGCAUCAUGUGUCCAUGCUGAACUGCAUUCUCAAUGUUGCAUCACAAACGACUACAUACUGUAGUAAAUGCUUGUUGUGGUGAGCUGGGCUCCACUCAAGGUUUCUUUGGGUUGGUUGCUUACAAUGCACUGGAAUUUUUAUUUCUUCCCACCUGGCUUACUACCCAUGUCCUGCUUUACUCCAGGAUCAUUCUGAGUAGAGGUAGAUGCUCCAUACAUGUUGGCAGGCAGGCAAGAGUUCUGUUUUUUGUGGUAGAGGUUGUAGGAAAGUUGGUUAUAAUAAUUGGUUAGUUUUAAAGAGUCUGCCAAGGCUCCCUUACGGAGCCUACUCGGAUAUGAAUCGUUAUGGGAUGGACAGGUACAGGUCACUGCCCACAUAAAUGAAAGAGAGAAAACACACCUGGACCUGGCCUCGGGAAUGAAUCAGCACAAGGGACCACAAAGGAUAUAGCAGAAGACAAAGAAACUCAACAGGAUUCUUGAUCAGUGCCCUCAUAUGUGCUCAGGGCUGUGGUUUUGCAAGUGACAUUGCCACCAAAUCCAGGAGUGAAUUAUUUUUCUUCUCUCAGAUGGUGCACAGUGCCACAACAGAGGCCUGAGGUAAAUGGGUUUUAAAAAAAAACCCCAAAAAACGGCAAAAAAAAAGUCAGUAGCCUCACCUAUACUGUAGUGGCCUCCUGGCCUGGGUCUGCUGCAAAGCCCUGUGUCUCCUCAGCUGGGAGCAAUACCAAGAAACAGCUACAGGAUCCUGUGGAGGCUGGAGGAGGAAACUGAUCCGACCAGUAAAAAUGGGAAGUACUGGAUUCUGGUUUCCUCCAAGAAGAGUCAGCGGAACUGGUUAAGACCAAAAUCUGAGGACUUUAGUGGGCAAACAUCAGUCCCCUUUUGCUUUCUUUUACGACCACAUGAAACUUGAGAAGCCAUCUAAAGCUAAAUCAUUUAGUGGAGUUGGGCAAUUCCCAAGUGUCCAACAAGAAGGCCUGGUUUAGGCUGCGAUGGCCACUGUCAUUCCUGGUGAUUUGUCAGAAGUAAGAGAUACCCAGAAAGUCCCUUCAGGGAAACGUAAGCGUGGUGAAACCAAACCAAGAAAAAACUUUCCUUGCCAACUGUGUGACAAGGCCUUUAACAGUGUUGAGAAAUUAAAGGUUCACUCAUACUCUCACACAGGAGAGAGGCCCUACAAGUGCACACAACAAGACUGCACCAAGGCCUUUGUUUCUAAGUACAAAUUACUAAGGCAUAUGGCUACUCAUUCUCCUGAGAAAACCCACAAGUGUAAUUAUUGUGAGAAAAUGUUUCACCGAAAAGAUCACCUAAAGAAUCACCUACAUACACACAAUCCCAACAAAGAGGCCUUUAAGUGUGAAGAAUGUGGAAAGAACUACAAUACCAAGCUUGGGUUCAAACGUCACCUGGCUUUGCAUGCUGCAACAAGUGGUGACCUCACCUGUAAGGUAUGUUUGCAGACUUUUGAAAGCACAGGAGUGCUGCUGGAGCACCUAAAAACUCAUGCAGGCAAGUCAUCGGGUGGAGUGAAGGAGAAAAAGCACCAGUGUGAACACUGUGAUCGUCGGUUCUACACCCGAAAGGAUGUCCGCAGACACAUGGUAGUGCACACUGGAAGAAAGGACUUCCUCUGUCAGUACUGUGCACAGAGAUUUGGGCGGAAGGAUCACCUCACGCGCCACAUGAAGAAAAGUCACAACCAAGAACUUUUGAAGGUCAAAACAGAGCCAAUGGACCUUCUAGAUCCCUUUACCUGCAAUGUUUCUGUGCCUAUUAAGGAUGAGCUGCUUCCAGUGAUGUCUUUACCUUCCAGUGAACUGACAUCAAAGCCAUUUACAAACACUUUGCAAUUAAAUCUCUACAACACUCAGAUUCAGUCCAUGCAGAGUUCUGCAUCUGCACACCAAAUGGUUGCCACAUCGUUACCAUUGGGAAUGCCUUGUCCAAUAGAUAUGGAGUCUGUCCACCCUUCUCACCAGCUAUCGCUGAAAUAUCCGCUCGGUACUACCUCAUACGCAAUUUCUAUGCCUGAAAAAGAACAGCCAUUGAAAGGGGAAAUUGAAAGUUACUUAAUGGAGUUGCAAAGUGGUAUGCCUUCUUCAUCCCAGGAUUCUCAAGCAUCUUCAUCAAAACUAGGGCUGGAUCCGCAAGUAGGUCCACUAGAUGAUGGGUCUGGGGAAGUUUCCCUUUCCAAGGGCUCCGUUCCUAUUAGCGAACCUCUAAACGCCCCAUCAUUGGACUUUUCUCAGCUGUUCAACUUCAUACCUGUAAAUGGCCCUCCUUAUAAUCCUUCUGUUUCAGUGGGGAACCUCGGGAUGAGUUAUACGCAAGAGGAGGCACAUUCUUCUAUGACUCAACUUCCACCACAAACCCAGGAUCCACAAGAUCCUAGCAAUAGUAUAGGUCUUGGGUCUCUGCACUCAUUGUCAGCAGCUUUCACAAGCAGUCUAAGCACAACCACCACCCUACCACGAUUUCAUCAAGCUUUCCAAUAGGAUGUACAAAGCUGGCUUGUUAACUGUCUAUUUGUAGAAAUGCCUUAGGUGACCAUUUUUAACUUAGUGCCUACUAUAAGACAUUAUAAAUUCUCUGCUUUUGUACAGUACCAAUCUCAUGAAGCCAGUAAGAAAUUUAAAUUAACUUUUUUUAAGUGUUUUGAAAGUGUUUAUUCUCAGCUGUGUUUACUUUGGUUUGUUGGUUUUUUUUUUAAACAGUCUCAUUGUAUUGUUUUCAUUUUCACUGCCAAUUUACACAUUUAAAAUGUUCAGUAGAAAGUCAUCCCAAGCAAUCUCACAACACUCAUCCCGUUUUUAAAACUUUUUCAACCAUACCAGCUAUUCUGUUUUAUUGAUGUCAGUGGCAGAACUGCCACUUUUACCUUUUAAUAUAUUUUACUAUUUGCAAAUAAUCCAUUUAAAAUAUGUAUCACAAGGAUUCCUGAGAUUUGGGAAAAAAAUUCUCCAGUCUGUUUCCAAAUGAGUCCUCUUCCCAAAUGGUGACACAUUUGACCUGUUCUACAAUGACAAAUCUAAAUUUUAAAAAUAAAUAUAGAAUUCAGAUUUUUCUGAAAACUUGUGUGUGUAUAUAUAGAAGUCCAUAUAUACACAUGUACAUAUAUAUAGCAUUUUGACUUGUAUUGAAGUCAUUAUAAAAGUUGUUUAAGAAUUUUGCCAUUUUCUGGCUUAAAUUUUGGUGGCCUGUUAUGGAUAACAGAAGAAAAAAAAUAAAUUGUAUAAUUCUCUAAAAUUAGGGCUGAACAGAAUUUCAACAGAGAAUCUCUGCUUGCCUAAAUGACAUGUUUCAAGUUGAAUUUGAAACUGUGUUGUUCUGCUUUCGUGACUCUGGUAUAGGGAAACAGGCAAAAUUAAUGGCUGAUCUUGAAAUAUAAAAGUGUUGUAAUGUAGUAAUGCAGAAUAUUUUGUCGCAGUUUUUGUUUUAAUUCUUAACUUGCUGUUUUUUUUCUCUUUAGUAGCAUAGAAAGAGUACUGCAUAGGAACCUUCCAGUAGUGUUUUCACGUUUGUAGGCAUCAGUCUUCUCCCCGCUGCCACCGCCAAAGGGUGGAUCAAGUCCAGCCAGAAAGUGUGUACCUAUUUUCAGUUCAAAACUAGUGUGCAGUCAGAAAGUGAAUGUAAAUUUGCAACUACCAGUUUGUUUUUUGUUUUGUUUUGUUUUUAUUGGAGUGAUCUUUUCAAUUGUGUUACAUGGUGUGUUAUGUCCUCCUAAGCAACAAGUUAGAUGUUAAUCACACUUUCUACACCUGGGUACUUGGUUAGGGACUUUUUGCCCAUUGCCAAGAUUUAAAGACAGGACUCUUAGGAGUGAAGUAAAAGCAUAUUGCUUACACCACUUUUACCUAAUGCAAUAUAUUCUAUUCCCCAAUCCCUAAUAACCAAAAGAGGAAAAAAAAAACCCUAAAAAAACAACCAACCCUGUGAUGCAUAAAAGCAAACUAGAUUUGCUGUAAUUCAACAAUAACAUUAUUUUCCUUGUCAUUUUUGUACAAGGAAUUAAAAAAUGGAUAUGGAGUACAUUAGUAUCUCUUAAACAAUAAUGAGGAUUCAUAUAAGGUUUUAAGUGGUUAAACUAAAUAUACUUCACAGAAACAAAAGUUGCUCCCAUUUAAGGAGCUCAUGCUCCGGAUGUUUUAUCAGUAGCUCCUACUGGUUUUUUUUAAUGCUAGGAGCAAUAUGCAGGUGUAGUUUUACUAUUUUAUACAUAUGUGUAUUUAAAUUUUAUUACUGAAAAAAUAACAUUUUUAUAAAUGUGUUUGUGUUCCAAAGGCAUUAAAAUAAGGAUGUAUUAAUAAGGAAAAUACCUUUUGAAAUUCUGCAAACUACUCCUAGAUUUUGGGUUUAGGAGCAUGUUAUCUCAAAGUGGGCAUUUAGCUCUGCUUCACGACUGCUUCCUCUGGUUUCUGUGAAACAGAUUGCUCGCUUACUUACAUCUUUAGUUGAAUGAUUUGUUCAAUAUUGCUUUUUUUCCAUUCACCUUUCUAAAGGAAAGAAAAACACAGAUGAACAGAGCACAAGCUGAAUGCAACCGAAUGUAACUCUAGUUUAUAUGACCGUAACGCACCUAAGAAAAACUUGGGUUUAUUCUCAAUCCUUUUAAUCUGAGGUGAAGAUAAAUGGACUUGAUUCCUCCGGUGGGUUAUGUCCCCCGUGGAGCUGAGCAUCUGCGACUCUCCCUGCAGCAGAGGAAAGCUGUGAGUGCUUGGCAUCCUGCAGCUGGCCCAGCAGUGUGGCCGGGCAGCGCUGCCCUCCCUGGGCAGCCUCUGGCACACAAAUACCCAGUCUGGAGCCACUUUGUUAUCGGCCCCAGCUGCCAAAGGACUUCAUAAAAAACAAAACCCACAGACACUUUGCCAACACCCAUUUCUUAGUGCGUAGCCAGAACCCUUACUACUUUGUUCGUGCCUUAGCUUCCUGAAAAGGGAUUGACAUUUCACUUGGAGUUAGAUGUACAUUUCACUUGAGAAAUAGAGACCUCAGACAAGAUAUUGAACCUCAUUCAGUCAGGGUUUCAGUGGGUGGCUGCACUCAGAGUGUUUGCAGCUGAACUGGGAUGUAGGGUAACGUGGAAGCAGACUGACCCUUUAAGCAAUACCAAUACCACCAGAGUGCUCUUGAGCACCGCUUAGGGAGAGCCAAUAUUGGCCACUACUAAACCAUCAGUUUUUAAACCCCAUUUUCUUGAUUUCCCUUGGAUUCUUGGUGGGAGGGGGGAGGGCUGGCUGAUCAUGCACCACUCUUUGUGCAACUUCUAAACUUCUAGUAAGGUUGUUUUGUUGUUGUUUUUUUUUUUUUUUUAAAUAUAUAUAUUUUUGUGUACUUGUUGCUUGUGCUUUAUUUAGUAGUAAAUUGUGGAAUAGAGUGAUUUAUUGUUAAUUUGGCAGUAGCGGUUUUUAAAAACCAUAUACUGACUGAAACAUGAGCCAGAGCUGAUUGCUUUAUUAAGCUAAUAAUGAAUGUUAAGAGUACAUAUUUUCAGGAUCAUUUGCCUAGUGAGCUAAACUUGUAUUAUAGGCCAAUAUUUUUUAAAAUAAAGCUUGGUCAACCUCUAUGUUACACAUAUUACAAGAUAUAGCACUUUCAAAAAAAGAAAACCUAAACCUUUUAAGAAAAUUUCUUACAGGUUAUGCUUUUUAUUAUAAAACCUUUUAUUAUAAUUUGUUUCAAGUGCCAUUAGAUUACAUAUAUGUAGGCCUUUGGUAUAAUGCUUUGUGUACAAAAUGGUAGACAUUGUAAUUUUAAACAGGUACAUUUUUACAGUGUUUUCUUAUCAAUUUGCUAUAUUGCACAGAACCAGUGUGUCUUUCUUAAGGGUUUUACAAUGGUUUUUACUAGGUUUACAUGUUUCAAACUACACUGUCUUCUACUGCCAUUUUGAAUACCAGUCAGAAACAAUUAGGAGUUUGUCCUCACCGUUUGCAAACUGUGUCUUCUGGAGUUCUCGAUGGUAAACUUUGUCAAAAAUAUUUAACAUGCAGUAUUUGAUACAGAUUUUUUUUUACCACAUCCUAUCAUCGCUAUGCUGCUGUCUGAAGUUAACUUUGGGCCUGAUCCUGCAUCCAUAAAUGUUGAGGGGAUCCUGCAUCCUUUGUUAUGUCUGUCUCAUACACUGGUUUAGCAGCAUCUCCUGUAUUCUUCUCAGUCUAUAGAUAAGCCUCUGAAAUAUAUGUACUUAUCUGGUAUGUAGUAAACCAUUAUAGGCUUAGCUGCCCGUCCUGCUUCCCCCCAGUGUACAGUUUAAACCACAGCUUACUUAGCAUCAUGCUCAACUUACAAGUAAUGCCACAGUAGUUCAAAAUGUGUUUGGGUAGUCCCAAAGCUUUUAUGCAAUAAGGGUGUCUUACUUUUGUUGGAAGGCAGUGUCUUUUGAUAACAGUUAUCUAGCCCUGGAAGUGACACAGAACUAUUGCUAAUCAUAUGUAAACACUUUUCAGUAUAAGCUUCAGUGGUACAGUUGAACCAGAGUGAAUGUUUAUCUCCUCAGAAACACUCCUGCAAUAUUGUUAUAUUGGAUCAUGCUGCUAAUGUAACUUGGGAUACAACUCCUCUCAUGGUGCUACAAACCUCCCUGUCUCAUUCAGAUGUAUUUUUACCCAUAGAAAAAAAAGGACUAUACUAGACCUAUAGUUGUAUGAUAUAUUUUUAUACUGUGACUGAAUUUGUCAUUAAUGAACUUUGUGCAACACCACAAUGUAUUCAUAUGCACUUGCAAAAGUAAAAUUUUGGACAUGCAAAUUUAAACGCUGACAAGCCCAGCUCUUGUUCACAAAAAUAGGUGACUGCUAGUUAAUGUUAAAUGUGGGCUUUUUAUAUGGUGUGGAGUGAAGAACAUACUAUAUGUUACUAAAAGCCUUAGACAAAAACUAGGAAGAGUAUAUUGGUGAAUGAUGUCACACCCAAACCUGACUCGGAUUGCUGAUUUUUAGCUAGUAGAAAAAUUUUUUGGACUUGUAUGCUAAAAUGUUUUUAAUGAUAAAAGUUUUGAGUCAAAAAAAAAAAAAAUAGAGAAAAAAAAAGAACACAGAAAACCCUGCAUUCCAGACUGAAUUUGUAUAUGUUUCUUGCAUUUAAAAUUUGCUAUCCUGUGAUAUGGGAAAUUGAGUUGCUUUUCAUGUAUAUGUACUUUAAAAUGUAUUCACAAACUACUGUUGUAUUUGUAUAAAAUAUAGACAAAAAGAUUGCAUAUAUAUUUUUGUGUAUAAGCUCUGUAAAAUAGCAAUCACGUUAUGAAGCUGCAGCAGAACUUCAUUUUAAACAUUCACAUCCAAAGAAACAGACUAUUUAUUGUCCACAUACCCUGAUUAUAAAAUAUACCUUGCUGCUAUUAAACAAUAGUGCUGCAGCUUCUUGUGGCCUACAGUGUUAUGUUUGCUGUACAAAAAUAUGUGAACUCCACAAAAUAUAUCAAUAAAAUUACAGAAUGGUUUUAGUUAAUGAAUAA